UGAGUGUGGAACUGUAGAUGAAGCCAAGAUUUAGGGAUGCAUUCUGAGUUGGAUUUAAUGAAACACAACAUGGAUUUUUAUAAAUAUUGCAUCAUGGAGACAUUUUCUUUGUUUUAACAGAGUGUAAGUAGCAGAAGUUGGUUAACAACAGAACUACUAACCUGCACCUAAGUGGAACAUUGGCUUUGACGAGGAGGAUCAUCGCUUUUGGAGGCUAAUGCAGGUGGUGUCCAUCUCUGCCUGCAAUAUAAUGGAGACAGAGCCAUGUUGUGAAGAGCAUAAAGACCCUGCAGUGGAGCGUACAGAGCCUGAGGUAAGAGAGGCCAUUUCUGAGCUUGCUGACGGGGACAGUCACACUGAGCUGCCCUGUGGGCCUGCAGAGGAAGCCGAGGAGCCGAGUGUAAAAGAGCAGACUGAAACCGAGAGCUGCGCCGGAGAGAAUAUAAGCACUGAGAUAAAAAAAACCUCUUAUCUUGAGCAAAGUGGAGACACAGAAUGCAAGGAGCGGAGGAAACUGAAGAAAACAAACAGCUGGAAGAUGGUGCGAUUCCAAGACCCAUCAAUGGAGGAAGAUGUGUUAGAGAGAGACAGCUCAGCAGAGAGUCUCUUUCCAGAAUAUGCGAUGGUGGAGUGGACUUCCUCCAGCUUUGAGGAGCUGUUCGCGGCAGAUGAUUGGCAGGACAUUACAGAGGACCGGCUGUUGAGGAAGAAGGUGGUGGAUUCCAGAUCCCCGCGCGCCCUGAGCCCCGCCUGGGGCGAGGAGGUUACUGUGAAGAUGCAAUGUGUCCUGGAGGACCGCACUGUGGUGGAGAAGGACGCCAGGCUUGUCUUUGUAAUCGGAGAGGGAGAUGUGACCCAAGCACUGGAGGAGUGUGUCAUGUCCAUGCAGAAGGGCGAGAUCACAUUACUGCUGGCAGAUUCACUGUAUGCCUAUGGACUUCUGGGAAGAGAGCCUGAUAUUCCACCCUGGGCUCCUUUACUCUACCAGCUCCAGCUGCUGGACAUCAGAAAGAAACCGGACCCGUUAACUCUGCCCAUCGCAGACCGCAUCCGCAUUGGCAACCAGAAACGAGAGCGAGGAAACUUUCAUUUCCAGAGGGAGGAAUACAGCAUGGCUGCCAGAGCCUAUUGUAUGGCUCUAGAUGUGCUAACCACACACAGCCUAGAUGGUGGCGACGGCGGCAUGAAGACGGAGGAGGAGGAGGUGCGAGACUACCGGGUGAAGUGUUUGAACAACCUGGCCACCGCUCAGCUCAAACUGGAGCAGUACUGCGAGGCACUGCACACCAGCCGCGACGUUCUGACCCUCGAGCCAAACAAUGUCAAGUCUCUUUACCGGGCGGGAAAGCUCCAGUCUGACAUGGGUGAAUACAAAGAGGCGAUGGAGAUGCUAAAAAGAGCCUUGAAACUGGAGCCGGCCACCAAGGCGAUCCACGUCGAGUUAUCUAAACUCGUCCAAAGGCAAUCAGAAGGCAAAGAUACUCAGGAAUGGAAAGCUAAACCAGCAGAGCUGCUUGGGGAGAAUAUCAAACCUUUUCUGAUUCCUUCUAAAAAUAAACCAUCUGGAAUUUCCUGGAAGUUUAUACUCCUAGCUCUGGUUGUGGCCUUGGGCAGCUUAGUGACGUCAAUGAUCCUGACUGCAAGAAACUGAAAUCCUCUGCAGGAAGCACUUU